AUGUUUAACGAACCUAAGCAUGAAAGCGUGCUCACAGUGAACAAAAGGCAGUACUUGAUUUUGAGCGAGGCUGGAAGGGGUGGCAGCUCGAAAGUUUUCAAAGUUCUCAGCCAGGAUAUGGAAGUGCUGGCCAUAAAGUGCGUGAAGGUCCCCGCUUCGUCGCAUUUUCGAACAACUCUUGUUUCGUACGCAAACGAAAUGGCGUUGCUCAAGAAACUCCGAGUUUUUUCAUCGAUCAUCCAACUCCUCGAUGCGGAAGUUCAGUACGAAUGUAGAACCAUUAAGAUGGUCAUGGAGUACGGGGACGUUGACUUUGCGAAAAUCCUACUCCGCAAUAAGAGUAGGAGUAUGGAGAAUCACUUCACGAGGGUUCACUGUCUGCAAAUGGUCAAGGCUGUGCACACCAUUCACGAGGCUAAAAUCAUUCAUAGAGAUUUGAAACCAGCAAACUUCUUGGUCGUCCGAGGAGAGUUGAAGUUAACAGAUUUUAGGAUUGCGAAAGCCAUCACUAGCGAAGACACGACAAAAGUUUUUCGGGAAGCUCAGGUAGGGACUCUCAACUACAUGUUCCCGGAGGCCUUAGUGAACGAGAAUCCAGAUUCUAGAGCAUGGAAUGAAUACGGCACUGACUCAGAAACUGAUCUGCAAUCAGUAAGGUACCGAGUGGGGCGUGUAAGUGAUAUCUGGAGUUUAGGUUUCAUCUUGUAUCAUGUUGUGUGGAAGAGCGCCCUUCGCCCACAUCAAAGACACUCUUCAAAGGCUGAACUGCAUUCAGAAUCCAAAGUACGAAAUAUCAUACCGUCAUGUAACCGACCCUGUUGCGCUUGA